GGCGCUUCCGGAUCAACCCACUGAUACGCCGGAUUAGUUGCUGCAUCUCACUCGUCAUGAGUCCAACUGAGACGUCUGGCUGCGUCGAUUGUUCGCGGCAACUCGCCGUCGCGCUCUCCAGCGUUAUGCUGGCUGGAGGGCCUGCAUUAUCGAGCACACUCUGCUCCAUACAAUGUUUGGCAGAUGUCGGUGGUCAGACUCUGCUGAACGAGCUGAGACAACGGAGAAGCGAUGGCGGGCAGAAGUCCUCAAGAUCUGGCAACCAAUGCCGGAUAAGGUCCGUCCUCCGAGACUCCCAGCAUGCCUUCACCCACCGAGUGAAGAGCAGACGCCGGACCUCGAACUCUGAUGAGGAAGCUGGCCGAGGGUAACCACGCCGUGCUGCCACAUCAUCGAGAUCUGCGGUCUUGGUGACAAUGUGCUUAUGCCCACAGCUUCUUCAUGACCCCCUCCGCUGGGAAGGCCCUGAGUUAAGCAUACUGUGCCAUCAUUCGUUGGGAAUCUCUAGAGAGCGCGCCCCGGCGACGCGAAACCAGUGCAUGGCGGCGG